GUGCAACUUGCACGUGCAAGACUCGAUCAUAUCCACUAGGCCCAAUCCGGUCUAGAUGAUCAUGGGCAGCCCGUGACUGUUCUGCCUCAGGUAAGAAACAACAAGAAAGUCCAUCUCAUCUCAUUCUUGACUUCAUGCCUUCCACUCUUCCUCUCUCUCUCCUUCUGCUCAUCCAGAAAACAUCACUCAUCUCAUAUUGGGACUACCCGAUGUGCGCGUGGUGGCUCCAUUGAAUGGCGGUUCCUCGGUACCAUUAUGUCCGCCUAUUACUACGACACCAUUCAUGAUUCAUCAAUCAUCACCCAAUUCUAUUGUGGCACGGUCCACUCAGUCUCCCAAUAGGGUUUAGCCUAGCCUGUGCCAAUCCUGUUUAACAAAACAGGGAGCUUAGUGGCUUGGGCUCCAUUCAACGACGUCAAAUACACCUUGACCUUGCUGUUCCUGGCCCAGCCAGGCAUAGCCCCGAAAAGAAAAGAAAAAAACGAACCGGAGGAGUAGGGAUCCCAUCAUGGCCGACGCCGGAAUACCAGUCCCUUCUCCCUCCAGCGUCCUCGACGUGUCUACCUCGUCCGCUUUGAUUUCAACCUCCGCAUCACCCCUCUCGUCCCUCGUGCCCCUCGCGCCCGCCAUAACUGCGAGUCUUUCCGGCCUCUCGGGUUUUGCCAAUUCCCAUCUCCCACCCCCACCAGUAUCGCCGCCAAAACCGACCAGCAUGGUGGGGUGGAUCGGUUGGGUGUUUUCCCUUCUUUUCCAGGGCAUUCCAAGCCUCUUAUACUGGAUCAUUACCUUUUCUACCAUCACCCUUCCCACAUGGCUCUUCACCCUGUUUUCCAUGAGCUUGACCUUCACCAUGAAUUUCACCACCCUUCUGCUCAUCGUGCUGGCCGUGGUGUCGACUUUCAUCUGGUUCGUUCGGUACCGAUUUCUCAAUAUGUACAGCCGCCUGCCUCCCGAGCCGCAGCGGAAGGAGCCGCAGCUCGAUCUGUUCCCGGACAUCCAGGAGGGGGACUCGAAACCGGGUCUGGCCAAUUAUCUCGAUGAAUUUCUCAGCGCCAUCAAAGUCUUUGGCUACCUGGAGCGGCCGGUGUUCCACGAACUAACCCGGACCAUGCAGACGAGGAAGCUGAUCGCCGGCGAAACGCUAUUGCUCGAGGAGGAGAAGGGAUUCUGUCUGGUCGUAGACGGGCUUGUUCAGAUCUUUGUCAAGUCCAUCCGAGAAGGAAAGUCGGAUGGAGAGGAGGACAUGAACCGCGCUGGCGCGGGCUUCGCGGACGAGGACGACCACCUCGCGGGGAAACAGCGUUACCAGCUGCUCACCGAGGUCAAAAACGGCGCCUCCAUGUCCUCUCUGUUCUCCAUCCUCUCCCUCUUCACGGAGGACAUUCAGUUACGGGCUGCGGGAAACCCCGCUUCCAGGGGCCCCAGCGUAGGUCCGAGCAGCACCGCGAGGCCAUCCACCCCGGCCCCGGUCAGCCCUCGAGAGUUCUUAGACAGCGCCUCUCCUAAUCCCCUGAGAGAGCCACACGACCUCGCCUCCCACAUGGCUAGUAAUGAGGAGUUCCUGCCCUCGGUGCCGCCAUUGAACCUCGGAGGCAGCCAGAGCACCCCGAGUCCCCAGGCGGAGCAGCAAGAACCCAAGCAGCGGCCGGGUAAGAAGCACGAGAAGUCGGUCCAUCCGGACAUUGUGGCACGGGCCAUGGUAGAUACCACGAUUGCGAUCAUCCCUGCCAGCGCCUUCCGGCGUCUGACACGGGUCUACCCCAGAGCGACAGCGCAUAUCGUCCAAGUGAUCCUGACGCGGCUGCAACGAGUGACCUUUGCGACGGCCCACUCCUAUCUUGGCCUCAUGAACGAGGUUUUGGGCAUUGAGCGGCAGAUGAACAAGUUUACCACAUACGACCUCCCCAAUGAAAUGAGGGGGGCCGCCUUGGACCGACUCAAGGGUAAGUUCAUCAAGGAGCGGGACCGCCUCGGCCCCGAGGAGAUCACCAAAGGUAUCGCGUUGCACAACCCCUCCAUGGGGAGGAGACGUCGCUCGAGCAGCUUUCUACGAAAGGAAGCCGUCCUGCAGGCGAGGAUGGCCAAUGCAAAUCGUCCAUCUUCCGUGGCCGGUUCGGACUAUGUAGGAAGUGAUCGAGAAGGGCCCGGGCCCAGUCCCGGAGACCUCCUUUCGACCAUUCAGCUUUCGAGGUUCGGCCCUAGAUACGACCAUUUGACCCCGAAGUUACAGAGUCCGCUGGCCGAAAAAGAGCAACCCCCGCUAGUCACGGCCCGCCUUCCCUUCCAGCGACAGGAGUCCUUUGACGAAGAUUCCCUCUUUCGAGAGUCCAUCCUGGAGUGUAUAAUGAACGGGAUUGGCCUCACAACAACCACUGGUGAGAUGUUGCGCAAGGGGAGUCUCGUGUCGGGUGAUGCAUCUCCCAGGCUGCUAUCCUAUGAUUCUCGGCUCCAGAAGGCGGUGUUUAGCAACAACGCAUUCGGUUUCAUGGACCCUUAUGAAGGGUCCAACGAUGGUGACUCGGAAUCGACGAUGUCGAUGUCCGUUACCAGUGUCGGCGGCACGCCACCGAUUGGCAACCUGAAGGACGAGAUCCGGAAUGAUAUCGAGGUGGUUUACUUUCCCCAAGGCUCCGUCCUCGUCGAACAAGGCGAGCGCCAUCCCGGUUUGUACUACGUCAUCGAUGGAUUUCUCGAUGUGGGUGUGCCCGUGGUCGACAAGGAAGACGAUCUCUUGGGCGCAUCCAAAACAACAAAUCCGCAGGAAGAGCGCUUCACGCCACUGAGGCAGUCCACCAGAGGGGCUUCCUCCCGCGCUCCAAGCCUGGGGGCUGGCGGCGGUGACUCCAGACGCAAGAAGCAAUCUCGCAAGUCGCUGUACAUGAUCAAGCCCGGUGGCAUUCAAGGCUAUGUGGGAGCGACGGCUUCCUACCGCUCCCACACCGACGUCGUGGCCAAAACUGACGUAUACGUCGGGUUCCUGCCGCGGGCCUCCCUGGAGCGGAUUGCAGAGCGGUAUCCUAUCGUACUGUUGACGCUGGCGAAGCGCCUGACAGACCUUCUACCUAGACUGCUGUUACACAUCGACUUUGCCUUGGAAUGGGUGCAGGUCACUGCGGGCCAGGUAAUCUACCAGCAAGGCGACGAAAGCGACGCAAUAUAUCUUGUUCUCAACGGACGUCUGAGGUCAUUCAUCGAAGGCCAGGGCGGGAAGAUGACCGUCCUUGGCGAAUAUGGCCAGGGAGAAAGCGUCGGCGAGCUCGAGGUCAUGACCGAGUCCACCCGACCGGCUACUCUUCACGCUAUCCGGGACACCGAAUUGGCCAAAUUCCCGAGGUCCCUUUUCAAUAGCCUGGCGCAGGAGCAUCCCGGGAUCACCAUCCAGGUCUCGAAGCUUAUCGCGCAACGCAUGCGAGAUCUCGUCGAGCGCCCAAUCACCGAGAACAGUGCCGAACGUGGCAGCACGGGUACCGUCAAGACAGCAACCUCGACGGUUAAUCUGCGUACCGUUGGAAUCCUGCCUGUGACCGCUGGGGUACCUGUCAUCGAGUUCGGCCAUCGAUUGCUGAACGCCCUUCAUCAGAUUGGCGUCACGAACGGCGUGACGUCCUUGAAUCAGGCAGCCAUCCUAAACCACUUAGGACGCCACGCAUUCAGCAAGAUGGGCAAAUUGAAGCUGUCCCAGUAUCUGGCGGACCUGGAGGAGAAGUAUGGGAUGCUGUUGUACAUCGCAGACACCAACGUCAACUCCCCGUGGACGCAGACUUGUAUCAAGCAGGCUGACUGCCUUCUCCUUGUCGGUCUCGCCGAGUCGUCCCCGGCCGUCGGAGAAUACGAACGAUUCCUUCUCGGAAUGAAAACAACCGCCCGGAAAGAGCUCGUCUUGUUGCAUGCGGAGCGCUACUGCUCUCCUGGCCUGACGCGACGGUGGCUGAAGAACCGAGUCUGGAUCAACGGAGGCCAUCAUCACAUCCAAAUGCCAUUCCGACUGACGGAAGAGCCUUCCCACCCGCAGACGACAAAACGUUUUGGCGCGGUUCUGAAGCAGAGGGUCCAAGUCAUCCAGGCGGAAAUCCAAAAGUACACCUCGCGACGGAUCCACCAGUCGCCCCUCUACUCUGCCGAGACACCGUUCAAGGGGGACUUCCACCGCCUUGCGCGUCGACUCUGUGGCCGAUCGGUCGGCCUCGUCCUUGGAGGCGGCGGAGCCCGGGGCAUCGCCCAAGUGGGGGUCAUCAAGGCUCUCGAGGAGGCUGGAAUUCCGAUCGACAUCAUCGGUGGCACCUCUAUCGGGUCGUUCAUCGGAGCCCUGUACGCGCGAGAUGCCGACAUCGUCCCCAUGUUCGGCCGUGCCAAGAAGUUCGCCGGCCGCAUGGGUAGUAUCUGGCGCUUCGCGCUCGACCUGACAUAUCCUACAGCCUCGUACACGACAGGUCACGAGUUCAACCGCGGCAUCUUCAAGACCUUCGGCGACAGCCAGAUCGAAGACUUCUGGCUCGAGUUCUACUGCAACACCACCAACAUCAGCAAAUCGCGCGCCGAGUUCCACUCCUCAGGCUACGUCUGGCGCUACGUGCGGGCCUCCAUGACCCUAGCCGGCCUCAUCCCGCCAAUCUGCGACGAAGGCAGCAUGCUCCUCGACGGUGGCUACAUCGACAACCUCACAGUCGCCUACAUGAAGGGCCUCGGCGCAGACGUAGUCUUCGCCGUAGACGUGGGCUCCAUCGACGACAACACCCCACAAGCAUACGGCGACUCUCUCUCAGGCGCAUGGUCCGUCCUCAACCGAUGGAAUCCAUUUUCGUCGGUCCCCAACCCGCCCACACUAUCCGAAAUCCAGGCGCGGCUCGCGUACGUCUCGUCCAUCGACAACCUAGAGCGCGCCAAGAACAUGCCCGGCUGCCUGUACAUGCGGCCGCCGAUCGACCCUUACGGCACACUCGACUUUGGCAAGUUCGACGAGAUCUACCAGGUCGGGUACGAGUUCGGAAAACAGUAUCUGGACAAGCUGCGUAGUGAGGGCUCUCUGCCUUUGCCGGAGGAGACGGAGGAGAAGAAGAAGCUGCAGCGGACGUUGGCGCCGCGACGAGCUAGUAUAUAAAUAAUUUGUCAGGUCCUUUUCUCGCGUUCUGAUAUAGACCAUGGCUUAGAUCAUAUGUUUACGAUCAUGACUAGAUACGACGAGCUUUAAGUAUGGAAAGUA